AUGAAAAGAAAGAGUGUAUCAGGUGGGUCGCAAUAUAACUGUGAUAUUGACGGAUGCAAUAAAGCCUUCUCCCGUUCAGACCAUCUAGCUAGACAUAAAUUAAACCACAACCCCGAAACUUUCUAUAUUUGCAAGUGGGAAGGCUGUAAUAAGCAGUUUGUGAGAAAAGACGUAAAGGAGAAACACGAAAAUAGACAUGCGAUUAAAGCAGAGAAACAGAAACAUAAUCAAGCUAAGAGGAAAUCUCAAGGGCAGUCCUUGAAAUCUACAAAUUCUCCACUUGAAAAUAUUUCCAAUACAGACUUCACCGAUAGAAACAUGGACGACAAAUCCGACGAUAUGUCACCUAAUAAGAUUAGAAGAAGACUGACCUCGUUUAAUUUGAAUAAUGACAAUUAUGAUUACAAUAGUGGGUUCAUGGUUAAUGGGGUAGGCAGUCAGAUGGCAAAGUCUCCGAACUUUGGAGGCAAUUUGGAAGUGUUAAAUAAUAACUCAAUAAAUUAUUUGCCAGAGAAGACCCUCUUACCUACAGACUUAACUCAAUGGCUAUUUAAAGACGAUGCAUUUCUUAAUAAUAACGGUGAACUUAGUCCUAAUUUCAUUUUUAAUGGUAUUGACAAUUAUUCUAGUUCCCUUUCAAUGGAUGCAUUUGCCGUUUCACCAAAGUUUCCACAUCCGAACUUCCAAACAUAUGUUGAUGACCAAAUAAUUCAGAAAUUAACCUUAUUGAUACCCUCUUUGGCUAAUAACAUAGAUUUUGGAGCUGUUCAAAUUGAAAGAUGCUUAGAAAUCUACUGGUCUAUAUUUCAUGUACAAUAUCCAAUCCUACAUAGACCAUCGUUUUAUACGCCUGAAGUUCAUCCCUUGCUCUUAUUAAGUAUCGUUAUGAUUGGAGCAGGCUUAUCGUACCAAACUGGCCAAGACGAGACGCAUAUAUUUACUGAUGCGCAUGGUUUAGCAGAUAAUAUAGCAGAACCAUUGAGAUGGUUGAUAUGUGCUUCUGAAGAGUUCACCUCUCCUGCAAAAUCUUGGAUUAUACAAAGUUUAAUUAUUUUAGAAAGUUACGAGUUUUCAUGCUCGAACAGAAGGUUACACGAAAGAGCUUAUUUACAUCAUGGACUAAAGAUUCAGCUAUUAAGAAGAAGCCCAUUAUUAGGGGGUGACCCUUUGAACAGAUCAAACGAAGACAAUGAGUUAACGGAAGAGCAAGAUCUUUGGAAGAAGUGGAUUGAAAUUGAAUCCUUAAAGAGGGCCGCAUUAGUUUCGUUUUAUUUGGAUACGAUUCGUGCAACCAUAUUUGGACACGAAAUAAUUUUAUUUGCUCAUCAAAUUAAGUUGUCAUUGCCUUGCGAUGAUAUGCUCUGGGAAAUGUCUAGUAUUGAUAAAAAUAAUCUUCCUCCCCAAACGGAAACACCUAAGUUUAUUACUGCGUUAACUAAAUUAUUGAAGAAGGAAAAGUUUGAAGCUCCAUCGCUAAGUAGGAAGAUUUUGUUAGCUGGUUUAUUGACAAUUAACUACCAGAUGGAACAAAAGGAUUUACAGGUAACGUUUUUAGGCUGGGAAUCAGUCAAAGAGUCAUGGAAAGAAACAAUAUAUUUGGCAAUUGAAGAAUGGAGGGACGCGGUAUGUCAUGGUAGUUGCCGAGCUACCAUGACUGCUUUUUAUUUACCGUUCAGUAAUGACGGAACACACCCCUUAUCAGCUAGAAUCAAUGAUAUACAAUGUAAGUUUCCAAUUUAUCAUAUAGGACAGGCAUUAAUGAAAAUAAAUCAGUACGACUGUAUUAUAUAUGCGGGAGCUCCAAGUCGCAUGAACGUUAAAACCGCAGAAAGAGAUUAUACAGCUGUUGAAGGGCGGAUUAAAGUAUGGGCAAAUUCACUCGCUGGACGGAUUGCUGCUGUUGAUUGUUACCUCUUUUUAUUCGAAAUGUUAUUUGCAGAAGAUGAUGAUAGUAUGCAUCUCUUUUAUGAUCCUUCAAGAGAUCCUAUAUUUUAUAGGCCAAAUAUCGUGGCUACCUCAUUAUUCGUUAUAUGGGCAUUUAAUUUUUCCUUAUAUGGGCCUGAAUCAUUUAUUUAUUCAGAUAAAAAUCUUGAAGCAUCAUAUCAGGAUGUCAGCAGCCCAGGCUUUUAUCGUGGAGUGAAUGAAUUAAAUGGAAUAGAUUUAGAAAAAGAAAAUUUAAAAAUUGAAGAUGGGCAUUUAUACAUCAAGAGAAUAUGUGAAACGUUUAAGAGGAAGAACAAUAACGAAGCAUUAUCUAACAAAUAUAAAAGAAAGUAUGCUAGUUAUUUGGAUGGUAUAUCGGACAAGCAUAAAGUGGUUGGAUUAUUGAGACUUUUCAAGGAUAGGUAUAUACUUUGCAAUUCAAGUAUAUGCCGAGAGUAUUCAGAUCUUUUAGAGAAUUGCAUACAAAGAAGUUUAGGAAGAAAGAGACAAUAA